UGGGUGCUGGAGCGACCACUCUUGGAUCUCUUUCCGUCACAGGCACCACGGCUCUUUCAUCGGCAACCACAGGAACAACACUCAGUCUCUCGGACACUACGGACGCUGCUUCGACUCCAGCGGGUGCAUUGCAGGUGAGCGGAGGUAUCUAUGCGGGCAAGUCUAUCUAUGUCAACAGCACCACGGCAUCGACAACUACAUCCACCGGCUCAAUUGUGGCAAAGGGUGGUCUCGGACUCGCGGGAGCUGCUAACAUCGGAGGAGCACUUGCGGUGACAGGCGCAACAACACUCUCAUCCACUCUCGGAAUCACUGGAACAACAACGGCAGCUGCAAUCAAUGCCUCUGGAGCAGUGAAUAUUAGCAAUUCUACGGCAUCCAGCAGCAGCUCGACGGGUGCUCUGAUCGUUUCUGGUGGUGCGGGUGUCGGCGGUGCUCUCAAUGUCGGUGGAAAUGGAAGCAUCGGAGGGACACUCGGAAUCACAGGCACAACAACGGCAGCUGCAAUUAAUGCUUCGGGCGUGGUAAAUAUCAGCAACUCGACAGCAUCCAGCAGUAGCUCGACCGGUGCCUUGAUCGUUUCUGGCGGUGCCGGAAUUGGCGGCUCCCUCUAUGUUGGCGGGUCGAUCACAUCCUCCGGCGAUGUCACCGCCUUCUCGGAUAUCCGACUCAAGAAGCAGGUCUCGACACUCACCGAUGCACUCGACAAGGUCAAGCGGCUGCGCGGUGUCCGGUUCUUGCGCAAGGACACGCGCGAGGAAUGCAUCGGUCUCAUUGCCCAGGAAGUCGAGAAAGUCAUCCCACAAGUCGUUCACGAGCGCACCCUGGCCGUCGGCGAUCCCGAGACAAAGUACAAGAGCGUCGCUUAUGGAAACA